AUGCAAACAUCUUUGAAUUCACGUACUCCAUUGGUCAUACCUGACUCUCAGCCAAAAAGUUACAAUCGUUGGCUACUUGUUGUAAUUGUUAUUCUACUUUCCUUAGCUAUCGCUUUGGGUAUUUUAUAUGGAUUAGAAAAAUCUAAAAUCAAACCAUCUCCACCUACACCUACAUCUACACCUACACCCCAGUACGAUGAUCUAUGUUUAACACCCUUUUGUGUCAAAGCAGCGGAUUAUAUAUUGGAUUCUAUUGAUGAAACAGCUGAGCCUUGUGAAGAUUUUUAUCAAUUUGCAUGUGGAUCAUGGUUAAAAAGUGCGCGUAUUCCGGAAGAAACUGGUGUUCAAAAUACCUUUAAUCAGUUAGAUCAACAAUUGGAUUUAAAUGUUAUUGAUCUUUUAUCUUCAACAACAGUACCUGAUACAACAGCAGCUGUUGCUCAUGCACGUGAAUUAUAUGCUUCAUGUAUGAAUGAAACUAAAAUUGAAUUAGAUGGUGUUGAAGCUGUACUUACCAUUGUCAACAAUGAAUUUGGUGGUUGGCCUAUUUUACAACCUCCAUCACGCAGUGUUCCUGGCUUUGAUUUGACAGAACUUUUACUUAAAUUACGUAAAUAUGAUAAUGGUAUAAUUUUUAGUAUUGCUACAGCAACUAAUCAAGAAAAUUCAUCAGCAUAUGAUAUUGAACUUGGACAAGGUACUCUUGGUUUACAAGAAACAGAAUAUUAUAAUAAUGAAACCGCUAUUACUGCAGCUUAUCGUCAGUUUAUGAUAGAUUUGGCUUCAGCAUUAACAAAUAAUUCCAUGGCAGCAAUUAAAACUGAUGUUGAUGAAAUAUUUGCAUUAGAAAAAAUUAUUUCUCAAUAUCAUUGGUCUGCUUCAGAACAACGUCUUCGAGAUAAUGAAACCAUACGAACAACUGUUGGUGGCCUUGCUGCAGCAUUUCCAUCAUCUUUUAAUUUUACUGAUUAUGUUCGUCAAUCAUAUCUUCUUGCUAAUGUAACUUUACUUGAUACAGAUGUUAUAUCUGUUAGUGAAGUUGCUUAUUUAGUAAAUGUUUCAUCUAUUCUUCAAGCUGCUCCAGCACAUACUGUUCAAAAUUACUUAGUUUGGCGUUUCAUGAUGAAUCGAGCAAAUAAUAUGCCAAGUCGAAUUCGUAAUACUCGUAUACAAUUUGAUCGAGUUUUUAAAGGAACUAGUGCUGAACCAACACGUGCAGUAAUCUGUUCAAAUUAUGUUAAUGAUAAUAUGGGUUUUGCUGUUUCAAGACUUUAUGUUAAAAAAUAUUUUGAUGAUAAUGCUCGUACACAAUCAAAAGAUAUUAUUAAAAAUAUUCGAGCUUCAAUGACAAAAAUGCUUGAAGACGCUUCAUGGAUGGAUGCAGAUUCAAAAGCUAAAGCUGUUGAUAAAGCCGCAGCUAUUUAUGAAAAUAUUGGUUAUCCUGAUUAUAUUGCUAGUGACAAUACAACACAAUUGGAAAAAAUGUAUGCUGAAUAUAUAUUUGAUACAUCAUAUAUUAAAAAUGUUCUUCUGAUGCAACAAGUUAAAGCUCGAGAAGAUUUUCGAACACUUCAUGAAGCUGUUGAUCAUCGUGCAUGGGGUGAUCUUCCUCCAACUGUAGUCAAUGCUUUCUAUGAACCAUCAACAAAUGCUAUUUCUUUUCCAGCUGGUAUUUUACAAAUGCCAUUUUUUAACAAAGAUGCACCAAAAUAUCUUAAUUAUGGUGGUAUUGGUAUGGUUAUUGGUCAUGAAAUAACACAUGGAUUUGAUGAUGAUGGUCGGCAAUAUGAUAAAAAUGGAAAUCGAAUCCCUUGGUGGACAAAUACUACCAUUACACAAUUUAAUGAACGUAAACAAUGUAUUAUUGAUCAAUAUAGCAACUAUACAGUCGCACAAAUUCAUAAAAAUUUAAAUGGUGAUCAAACACAAGGAGAAAAUAUUGCUGAUAAUGGUGGAAUCAAAAGUUCAUUCUUUGCUUAUCAAAAUUGGGCUAAAGAAAAUCCAAAUGUCGAUAAAAGAUUACCAGGUUUAAGUAAAUAUUCUCAAGAACAAAUGUUUUUCAUUGGAUACGCUCAUGGAUGGUGUGCAAAAUUCACUGAUGCUUAUGCAUUAAAUCGAGUUUUAACUGAUGUUCACUCAAUUCCACAAUUUCGAGUUCUUGGUCCAUUAUCCAAUUUUGCUGAAUUCGAUCGUGUGUUUAAAUGUACACCUGGUCAAGGAAACAGUCGUGUUAACAAAUGUUCAGUUUGGUAG